AUGAGUGGGUCUAAUUCGAAUGCUACGAUUUUGCUAAAAAGGGUCUUGAGCUUGAACGAAUUCUCCCCGUUGCUUUUGUGUAUAGAUAGCAUUGCACAGACCGCUAGCUAUCUUUUGGAUGAAAUCCUUUACAACGCUAGUAAAAAUGGUCAAGUAUCUGUGAUUUAUGUUUCAUUUGAAAGUGUGAACUGUCCCUCAUAUGCUACCAAAUUUAUCGAUGUGGAAUCCGUUGGUUUAGCAAAAUUAUCACAAACUAUAAGUUCGUACCUGCCCUCCUCAUCACCUACAAGUUCAGGUCCAAAGAGUGUCGUUGUAGUGGAUUCUAUGAACCAUAUCCCUAAGAAUCAAGUAGCUCAAUUUAUGGCAUCCAUUGGUUCUAAGCAUGCAACAGUUUUAGGAGUUUACCAUAAAGAUAUGCCAGAAAUUGCAGAUCCUUCGUUAGAACACUACCCACCAACUCUAUCGUUACUUUAUUUCAUGGCAACCACUGUGUUAGAGGUAAAUCCAAUAUUAAACAAGGAAUUAGACGAAGAAGAGUUGAAAGAGGAGUUGGUUAAAUAUUUGGUACCGCGCGGCUUAAACAACAGUAGGUUCCAGUUAACUCUGACCAAUAGAAGGAAAAGUGGUAGAUCUCUAGUGCAUGAUUUUUAUGUGGAUACUAACACGCAUAGCUACGAGGUUGUUAAGGAGACUCAAGAGGCUGAUAACGAUGACGGUGAAAAUCCAGAGGCAUUGCAAGAUUUGACCACUUUCAACCUUUCCACAUCAGCUAAGCAAAGGAUGGCUAAGGACCAAGUGGCAUUGCCUUUCUUAGAAGCACAAUCUUUUAAUACUGGUGGUGCUAUUGUAUACCAAUUUGAAAAAGAUGACGAUUUUGACGAAGAAGAUCCAUACGAGGAUCCAUUUUAA